AUGGCCUCCAGCAUGAAAUCAGAGCCUAUCGCCAUCAUCGGUAUGAGCUGCCGCUUCCCAGGCGGCGCGUCCGAGCCAGCUCGUCUUUGGGAUGUCCUGUCGAGUGGACAAUCAGCAUGGAGUGAGGUACCCAAAGACCGGUUCAACAUGGAGGCAUUUCACCUCGAAGGAGAUCCUCACUCUAGCACGACGAACACUCCUGGAGGACAUUUCCUGGACUCGGAUGUAGCCACAUUCGAUUGUAGCUUCUUUGAGAUAAAGCCUACUGAGGCUCGAGCCAUGGAUCCCCAACAGCGUCUUACAUUGGAGCUUGCGUACGAAGCCUUUGAGAAUGCUGGUUUCACCGUCUCCCAAAUUUGGGGAUCCUCUACAGGCGUAUACAUUGGCCAGUGGAGUUCCGACUACAGCGAAAUCAUGGCGCGAGACCCUGAAAACCAGGAACUCUACCAUACACUUGGUACUGGUGCAGCCAUAACUUCGAAUCGUGUCUCCUUCUUCUUCAACCUGCGAGGUCCCAGUUUUACCGUUGACACUGGCUGUUCUGCGAGUUUGGUGGCACUACACAACGCUGUCCAGAGCUUGCGUAGCGGGGAAAGCACAAUGAGCCUUGUCGGCGGCGUCAACGUAUUACUGGAUCCUCAGCGCUUUACUUACCAGAGUAAACUGAAGAUGUUCUCGCCUGAUGGUCGUUCCUUCUCGUUUGAUGAGCGGGCUAAUGGCUACGGUCGUGGCGAAGGAUGUGGCUGCGUCGUUUUGAAACCACUGUCGUUGGCCAUCAAGGACGGCAACGCGAUUCGAGCCGUCAUUCGCAACUCGGCGCUCAACCAGGACGGCCGGACACCACAAGGCAUCAGUGUGCCAAAUGGCGAAGCGCAAGAAGAGCUGAUCCGAAGGGCAUAUGCGGAAGCUGGGCUUGUUCCUGCCGAGACGGAUUAUGUCGAGGCCCACGGAACAGGCACGGCCGUCGGCGAUCCCAUAGAAGCUAAAGCUAUUGCCAACGUACUUGCUCGUCCUCGUGAAGCGACUCAAGGGCCGUUAAUCAUGGGAUCCGUCAAAGGGAACAUCGGUCAUACGGAGAGCGCGGCUGGUAUCGCGGGCCUGAUCAAGUCCGUUUUGAUGCUCGAAAACCAAGCCGUGGCCCCUCAGGUCAAUUAUGAAAAGCCUAAUCCGAAGAUUCCGCUACACAUUUGGAAUUUGAAAAUCCCGACCACAUUUGAGAAGAGAACGCUUCGUCGCAUAUCCAUUAACAGCUUUGGAUAUGGCGGUACCAAUGCUCAUGUCAUUCUUGACCGUGCUGAUGAGCAUGUUCAUCCCAGCGCCUUCAACCACCCCGACUGCAACAGUAUGGCCAAUGGCGCCCACGAAGCGAACGGUUCCAAUGGAGUGAACGGUGCCAACGGGGUGAUACGUAAAAAUGUUUCGAGCGGCACGACGUAUGCCAAUGGCAUCAACGGUGGGAACGGAAUCGAAGAAACAGGUGGCAUCAACGACGUUGACCGCGCCAAUGGUUUUGAUAACUCCAAGCAUACUUCUGUUCUCAGCGGCAGCAACCAUGUCAAUCCAAAGACCAAGAUUGACUCCGACGUCGCAACAAAGUCGCCUCGGGUGUUUAUCCUGAGCGGCACGGAGGAACAAGCCUGUUACAGGAAUGCAUGGCGUCUAGCUGAAUACAUCAGCAGAACCCUGGCUGAUUCGUUGGAGGACGUUGAGAUAUUUCUGGACCGCCUGGCUCUGACAGUCAACAAGCGUACUAUCCACGACUACAGUACUGCCGUUGUUGCUUACGACGAAGACGAUUUGCUGGCAGAGCUCAAGGUGUUGGAACAGAUGCCGGUUUCUGUGAGAGCGCCGUUCAAAGGAGAAGCCCGUGUUGGGUAUGUGUUCGGAGGCCAAGGAGCCCAGUAUCAUAACAUGGGUCGAGAUCUGAUUAAUGAUUGGCCCAUCUUUCGUCAAUCUCUGUAUCGCGCCAACACCUACCUCCGGGCUUUGGGAUGCCAGUGGGAUUUGUUCACUGAGCUGAGCCAUGAGAGCCACGACAUGUCACGUGUGGACGAGCCAGAGUAUGGGCAAACGCUUUCAACAGCCAUACAAUUGGCGUUGGUCGACACACUUGCAUUUCUGAACUUGCGUCCAUCAACUGUCGUGGGCCACUCAAGCGGAGAAAUUGCUGCGGCCUACGCUGUUGACGCACUCACUUUCGAAGAUGCCUUGACUGUAGCAUAUCACCGUGGUCGACUCACGUCUAAAUUGAUAUCGACUGGUAUAUCCGGAAGUAUGCUUGCUGUUGGCGCCACACCUGAAGUCGUGCAGACGUUCAUUGACCAGAUUAAGACUACCGACUCGUCCUUGGUCAAAGUUGCUUGCUACAACAGCCCCACCAGUGUGACGCUUUCGGGCGGCAACGACGGCAUCGACGAGAUAGCGCGCCUCCUACAGGAAGCUGAUGUUUUCCAUCGCAAGCUCAAGACUCAAGGAGCUGCGUAUCACUCUCAAAUGAUGCAUUCAAUCAAAGACGAGUACCUAUCUGCCAUCGCGCACAUUCAGCCACGUCAGAUUACUGGGCGAAUGAUAUCCUCCUUGUGGGGAAAAGAGUUGCCUGCUGGAACUUUGCUCGACGGGGAAUACUGGGCUCGAAAUUUAAUCUCUCCAGUUCUUUUUGACGCAGCUCUCAAAGGACUCAUCCUCGGCCAAAAGCGUGUAGGGCCAGGAGUGAGGGCUGAAAUCGACAUCAUCCUGGAAGUAGGCCCUCACGCGCAGAUGCAAGGUGCGGUCAAAGAGACAUUGAAGACCCUAGGAUUCUCGACUCGCAUCCGGUAUUUGCCUUGUCUCAAACGGAAGGCUGGAGCGAUUGAGACAAUGAUGCGCGCUCUCGCGGACCUCUUCGCAUUGGGUACCCCCGUUGACUUUCAUCUCGCCAAUGCCGGUUUUCGUGCACAGUUGCCACAUAGGUUGAUAGACGUGCCACCAUAUGCCUUCAAUCGCGAACAGCGUCAUUGGCAUGAUACCCGUAUCACACGCGAGUUUAGUCACCGCCAAUUCUUGCCGCAUGAACUGUUGGGCAACCUGUCAUCGGACGUGAAUCAUACAGAGCCUAGAUGGCGUCGUUUUCUGAGGCUCAAGGAAUUGCCUUGGCUUCAGCAACACAUUGUGCAAGGUCAAAUUGUUUUCCCAGCAGCUGGAUAUCUGGCCAUGGCCCUGGAGGCGAUGCGCCGCUUCAUGGUAUCCAGGAAUGGAUCCAAAGCAGUCAUUGGCUACACUUUAAGCGAUUGUAGCUUUUCCAAGGCACUGGUGCUCAAGGAGGGUGACACAGAAACGGAGAUCUGUCUGUCGCUGCGACCUGAGGUACAAAGCGCGAAGGGUUCGUGGCCUGAUUGGAAAGAAUUCCGGAUAUUUUCCACAAACUCUGGCAAAGGAUGGAACGAGCAUUGUCGCGGCCGCAUCCGCGUCAUCACAGACAACUCCAUGUUAGCAGAUCGUCUAUACGAUAACCUGAAGAUCAAGAAGAAAGCUCUCGCGUCCUUCUCACACCACAUAUCGCCGAAUAGAUUCUAUGCCACCGCACGUCAGGUUGGGAUAGAGUGGUAUGCUCCAUUUGAUAAUGUUGUGGACCUGCAGGGUAGGACUGAUUGUUGUGUGACCACCAACAAGAUGCCCAACGUGCAGGGUUCGGCACACCCUUUUGGACCGCAGACAUACCUAGUGCAUCCCGGACUGCUCGACUCUACCCUAUUUCACGGAAUCUGCGCUAGCCUCCUUGUGGAACAAGAAAUCAGAACUCCUAUGGUGCCGGUCUUUAUCGAACAACUUACCAUCUCAACCGCUUUCGAGGUCUCAGAAGGAACCGAGUUACGCACGUAUGCUUCGGCUGGAGAUGAAGCGUCUUCCUGGAGCGCUCAGAUAGAGGUGGACGGAAAAUUAGUAUCGAGCGUUCAUGGUAUGAAGAUGGCUCAGUUGCCUGGGGAUAUCAAGGCGGCGAUGCCACGACAGUUGGCACACAGCCCUGAGUGGGUACUCCAUUAUCCUAGUAUGACGCGGCAGCAAAUCAUUGCUCAUUGCAGAAACUCACUUCCUGCUCGGUGCUCGCGUCUGCGAAAUAUUGCGGUCAGCACAAAUGUACGCACUCACGUGCAGCAGGCCCUCGACCAGAUCAAAAACGACGAGGUUGCGUCCGGUUAUCGGCAGUUGUGGUACGAAUGGAUGCAGGACUUCGUGGCCACAGAUCCCUAUUCUCGUGAAGAGGUGCUGGAAGCCAAGAAGGCAACGACUUCAGACACCAGUGCUGCGUUUGAAGGAGUAAAUCGCAUCGGAGAGAACCUUGUUGAUCUCCUACGUGGCACUGCAGAUCCCCUGUCCUUUCUGACUCCGGAUGAUUUGCUCGGCAGGAUGUACUCCGAGGAACGAAAUGCUCGAUGCUACCAUCAAAUCAACAUGUAUUGCAAGGCCCUUGGUUUACACAAUCCGUCGCUCCGGAUGCUUGAGGUGGGCGGUGGUACAGCUUCAGCUACACUACCCUUGCUGCAAGCAAUGUUUCAGAAUGGCCAGCCAUUGAUCGGACAGUAUGACUUCACCGAUCUGUCUACAGCCUUCUUUCCUGCUGCUCGAGAGCUUUUGGCACAUUGUGGCCACAAUGUCAACUAUAAGGCUUUCGAUCUUGCGCAACCUUCCGACACGCAAGGUCUCGAAUCUGCCAGCUACGAUGUCGUCAUUGCCUGCAACGUUGUACAUGCUACUCCGAAUAUUGCGUCUUCUCUGAAUAAUAUUCGCCGGCUCAUUCGUCCCGGGGGUACAUUGAUACUCAUGGAGAUCACAACACCAGAGCCCUCGUACCAACUUGUCUUCGGCUCUCUUCCCGGCUGGUGGUCUGGUGCCGGCGAAGGACGAGUAAAAUCACCUAUUCUCUCCGACGCUGAGUGGACGCGAAGGCUACAAGAUCAGGGUUUCGAAUCUGAUCCAAUAGUUUUGUCCGAUUAUGCAAAGUCUGAAGGUGGUACGAUGAGUGUUAUCUUCGCAAAGACUCCUGUGGAAUUCAAGCCGAAUCUGAGCGAGAUCUCACUCCAUCUUGCAAGUGGUUUGCCUGGAAAUUAUACAAGUAACCUUGACAAUAUCGCUAGAACUCUUCGUCAACGCCCUGAACUCAAUCUGCGCCAAAUCAACGCCAAUGGUCUUGAAAACAUUCAAAACGUUGCUGAUACUGUACUUAUGGUAGACUCAGAUAUAUGCGAAGCGCUCGCUGGGAUGGAUGCUUCAUUGUGGCAAAAGCUCCAGAGCUAUGCCCUAUCGUGUAAAGCCCUACUCUUCAUCACGCGAGGCGCUGCUAUGAAUACGACCACACCUGAUGGAGCGCUGGCUCUCGGCUUCGCUCGAUCUCUGAGACUGGAACAACCCGGUAUUCGCUACAUCACGCUUGAUCUCGAUCCAAGCACUCCGCACGGAUCCGAUGACGAGCGUACGAGUUCCCUGAUAACCCAGCUUCUGAUAUCUGAGACAUUCGACUUCAGUCGCAGCCUACCUGAUGUCGAUUACGAGUUUGCCGACCGGAACGGACAUUUGUACGUCAAUCGACUAUUUCAGAACGACAAGCUCGAACAAAGCAUUGCACGCUCAACGUCAAGAUCCAAGCCCGAGCAGACAUCUUUUCUGAACCGCUCGCGGCCACUCAAGGUGGAGUUAGGCAUAGCUGGACUACUAGAAACCUUCCAAUGGGUAGACGAUCGCGAGUACGGUCAUAUCCUGGAACCGCAUCAAAUUCGCAUCGAGUGUCGAGCAGCUAGUAUCAAUUUUCGAGACGUCCUCAUUGCCACUGGUGAGCUUGGUGGAUCUGCCACUAUGAUGAACGAUUGUGCCGGCACAGUGGUCGAAGUCGGCAGCCGGAUGAGUUCGCGCUACGUGGUUGGUGAUCGAGUUUGCAGCUACUAUGCGCAAUCGUAUAACAACUACCCAAUCGUUGACGGAGACCAUGCGGCUCGAAUUCCAGACAGCGUUUCUUUUUCACUUGGAGCAUCUCUUCCAAUUGUCUGGGCAACCACUUACCACUCACUGGUUAAUGUGGCUAAACUCAAAGCAGGAGAAACCAUCUUGAUCCAUGCUGCUGCAGGAGCAGUCGGUCAAGCCGCUGUCAUUCUGGCCCAAUAUCUUGGUGCUGUUGUUUAUGCAACAUGUGGAUCAAAGGAGAAGCGCGAUCUUCUUGAGAGUAUCGGUGUUCCUCAAACUCACAUCUUCACAAGUCGGUCUCCAGCAUUUGGGCCUGCAUUACGUGCAGCGACCGCAAACAAAGGUGUUGAUGUCAUUCUCAACUCUCUAGCUGGUGAGCUGUUUCGGGAAUCUCUAGACUGCCUCGCAUCUUUCGGACGCUUCGUUGAGAUCGGGAAAAGGGACUUCCUGGACAAUUCGCUGAUGCCAACGAAGUUUCUACUCCGAAACAUCAUCUUUGCAUGCAUCGAUCUGGUGCAGAUGAUGGCCGAAGACAAACAGCUCGUAUACCGCUUGCUCAAUGACGUAGUCAAACUGGUCGCCAGUGGAAGGUUAAAAACCCAGGUGACCAUCCAGCCAUACAAGCUUGGCGAGAUUGAAGCCGCUUUCCGUUUGAUCUCGUCCGGUAAACAUAUGGGCAAAGUGAUCCUCACGGCCCUUCCGGAACCGUGCACCCUUCCCAUGCUGCAGCCUGAUGCCACGUAUAUCCUGGCUGGUGGCUUUGGUGGCCUGGGAAUCCGUCUUAUCUGGUGGCUCGGAGAGAGAGGCGCGAGGACGAUUGUUGUACUAUCACGAUCAGGACAAAAGUCUGCAGCUGCCAACGCGUGCGUUGCAAAGAUGCGCAGCAUGGGCAUCAAAGUCAUUGCUAGAAGUUGUGAUAUUUCCUCUAAAGCGACCUUAGAAGCCGUUAUAAGAGAUAUACAAGUUGUCGAUAAGCCAGGCCCGAUUCGAGGUGUUAUUAACGCCGCGAUGGCGCUCGAGGAUGCACUAUAUGACCAGAUGACGCACCAACAAUGGAAGGCGUCCUUAGCCCCUAAGGUCGCCGGAACUUGGAACCUCCAUGAAGUCCUGCCCAGGGACAUUGACUUUUUCGUUGCCUUAUCUUCAGUUGCUGGCAUUAGUGGGCAUGCUGCGCAAGUCAAUUACACGUCUGCAUGCACAUUUCAAGAUGCUUUCAUGCAAUAUCGACGAAACCAAGGCCAGUCGGGAUUCGCGAUCGAUGUUGGUGUCGUUGGUGAUGCUGGCUUUGUCAGUGAGACUCCUACUGUGCUCGCCAGCAUGAAACGUCAAGGCUUUUCCCCCAUCUCAGUCGUCGAGCUUCUUGCUGCUCUCGAUUAUGCCUUGACUAACAGCGGAUCGGAAUGCCAGGCCACAAUCGGCUUGGUCCCGGAGGCCGGUGUAAGCAUAUCAGACUGGCUAGAGCAACGGCGCAUUGCACAUCUCGUCCAGGAUUCUGAGUAUUCUGGAGGUGUAAGACGAUCCGGGGGCAGUGGGGAUAGCGCAGAGCAAGUCGAUCAGAUCAGGUCUGCCAAUACUGCAGAAGAAGCUGUCACCGCCAUCGGACACGCAGUGCUCGCCGAAUUAAGCAAACUGACAGUCACUCCAGUAGAGGGUAUCCUGCCUUAUCGCACUCUGGAGUCAUACGGAGUGGACUCACUAGUAGCGGUGGAAUUGCGCAACUGGAUCGUGGUCAUACUCGUUGCUGACGUCUCCCUCCUUUUGAUUCGAGAGUCCAGAAGCAUCGAAGAGCUCAUUCGCUUGAUAGCGGCUAGGUCAAAAUUGGUCCCAGUCAAACUUCAAGAGUCUGUGUCGAAGCUCGUUUGA